AGGAUUCCCCGGUAAGACCUUAGACCGUUUUAUCGAUACGUGAAAAGAUCCAAUUGUGUUAUCAAUAAUAUUUUUCGCGGUUAACACUAUUUCCAAGUCCCUGUUGGCGAUUAAAUUUACACAGGAAUAAUGUCUGACAGUGAUAACCCUCCAGAACUUGUGGAUUCUUCUGAAGAAGAAGGGUCAGGAAAAACUGCAAGCAGCUUGGCAGAGAAGUGGCUUAACAAAGAUCGGAAGUUUUUGACAACACAAGAGAGCUGGAUGCGUAUUUUCUGCUUUUGUCCUUUUCUCUUUGGGUGCAACAAUGUUGUAUCUAAAGCAUGGAUACGUGCUCUCAUUAAUGUGAAGCUAAUCCUUAAUGAAUCAAGGCAGUACGAGAUUACUUAUUUUGAGUGGCCAGAAUGGGAGUGUUUGGACCUGCUGGACUUUGCAGUCAAAGAAACACAGAAAACACUUAGAAAUCCCAAGAAGCUCAAAGAGGUCCUAGAGUGUGCAGAGAUCCUUGAGGAAUGCAAGUCGGGGGUUAUCAUUGAUGACACUCUAGCCAUUGAAGCAGCUGAGAAGUCAGUGUGCAUAGCAGAAAUAUGGGGAUGUGUAUUAAAACAUGAAAAUGCCAUAAAGAGAGCAAAGGCUGCCAAAUUUGCUGUGUUGUACAUUAUAAAAAUAUAUCGGGAACAUGUAGUGCACACUUGUGAGAAGAAAUUGGAUUUUGUGGAUGUCACAUUGAAGGAGAUAAGGAAGCCAAAUGCCAACAAACUUUCUGAAGAGCACAAAAAGCAGGGUAAUGCCAGUUUCAACAAUGCCGACUUUGAAGAAGCCAUCAAAUGUUACUCCGAAGCUGCAAAAAAUGAUCCCGUUCAUCAUGUCUACUAUGGAAACAGAGCUUUGGCUUACAUAAAAGUGAAGAAAUUCAAAGAGGCACUGGCUGAUUCAAGACGAGCUGUUAUACUUAAACCAGAUUUUCCAAAGGGUCAUCAUCGGUAUGCACUUGCCUUCUAUGAGUUGGGACAGCUGGACUCUGCCAUCAGAGUGAACAAGGCUGGACAGGUCCUGUGUAGAAAGUCCCAGGACGAGCAUUACCUGGCCCAGCUGAGGGAGCAGGAAGGGAAAUACAUGGAAGAGAAAAAGCGUCAGCACAAUGGGCUGACUCCAAUACCAAAAGACCUGGACAAGAAGCUGUCAUCUGUACCUCAGCCUGCAACUGAUCUCAACGAGAAACUGGGCUGCAAAGUGCCCAAAGUAGACAGGGAGGAUGAUAUACCAGACCUGGUCCAGAGUGAUCAUGACAGCUCAGAUACAUCUACAUCUGAAGAUGACUAUGAGUCUGACAGUGCUGUAUCCUCUGACAACAGCAAGACAAAACCUGUUGUGAAAGAAUCGGAGAAAGUGCUGGUAAACCCAGAGGAAGAAAUGAAGAAGAAGCAGGAAGAACAGAGGCAGCUGUUGAAGUCACAGAUGAGAGAAGGGUCACAGUCAUACAGCAAACAGGCGUACAAACCUGCCUUCACCAGCUACGGGAAGGCACUUGAAAUGGUCAAGCAGACAGAGGAUUUAGCUUUAUUUGAAAUGGAUGAAGAGGACUUAGUAGCCUUAAAGUACGCAUACGCUAUGGCUGCAAUAAACACUGGAGUGAGUCGGAACAUCACGGAGGGCAUGGAUAAGCUGUAUGCUAUAAACACGACACAUGAGAAUGUAAAGUUCCCUGCUGUGCACUAUGGAUUUGCCAAGGCCUAUGUUAUGUUUAACAGGUAUGCAGAUGGACUGCGAGAACUGGAGUCGGCCGAGCGUAUUGCCAGCAAGGUGCGCUACCCCCAGGUCACAUGGCCUGGCACCUCCGAGCUUAUAGCAGACACCACACCAGAGGGACUUCAGGCCAAGAUCAGUGAGCUGGUCCAGGUGUGCAAGUGUCCGCCCCCACCAGACGCCAUCUGUCGAUACCACACCAGCAAGCUGCCAUUUGAUGAGCUCACCACCAUAUACCUAGCAGAUCCAGACUUUAAGGGCUAUUUUAAGAUGGUGUGCCAGAUGGAUUGUGUGGUAUCGUUUCAUAUGAUUUGCUGGAAAGACUAUAAGACCAGUCAGAAUAAACAGAAUGACAAGGAUAUAUUGGAUACAAAAUGCCCGACCCCUGAUUGUCAAGGCCACAUCAUCAAGAUACACGUCAUCCGUCCGGACAGUACAGAAAAAGAGUAUGUGUCUGACAAGUACACCACAAUUAAAGAAAACCAGAAAAACAAGAAGCAGACUGCAAAACAGAAGCCUACCAAUGAACAAAGAAUUACAAGGAAGAAAGAGCAGAAAGACAAAAGGAGACAUAAACGACAGGAGCAUUCACAAUGCAAUUCUUACGCUGAGCCAGAGGUGGAGAUUGUUGAUGGUGCGAGUGCUGUUGCCUUCAUAGAGGACAUAGAGACACCAGAGUACACCCUGCCCUGCAUCAAGAACACCACUGUGCUCAAACGAGACAAGCUCAACGAUAAUAAGUCUAGUACAUCGAAUGGUAAGGCUAAGAAAGCUCGCAAGAAGAAAGACAAGUCCAAGCAGAUUCUCAACGUUGAGGUCAACUUUACUGAUGGCAAGGAAGACAAACUCUUGAGCGAGAAGUCUGUUCUGAGUGAUGAGGAGAGUAACCUGAUAAAUGAGGCCAACAUCAGACCUUUUUCAGUGCCAAAACAGCUGCAGAAAGAUGUGGCAAUGUUUGAGAAUACCUACGCUGUGACAGUUAAAGCUAACAAACCAGAUGAAGUAACGGAGAAUCUGUUUUCUUUCUUUGCUGAAAUCCUCGAGGCAAGUGGCCCCAUGCCAAUUAAUGAUCCCCAACUGCAACAGGAGAUGGACGUGUUUCCAUUUGAAGCCAUUGAGCGGAUAAAGCAGGUGGGAGGUCUGGGGGAUUUCCUCAAACAGUCGCUUAAAUUCGCUGUGAUUGACGAUGUAGUGUCCAUUUUGUCACACGCGAAAGCAGCUCGGGAGUUGGCUCUCAAAAGACGUCACGAACUCGGCUCUAGUGGUGUGCCAGCGGUAGCUAAUGACUGGUAUACCGUAGGGAAAAGUGUGAAUAACGUCGAUAGCUUGACAGAAAGUGUGAAAGUGAGCAUGGAUUAUUCAUCUAAAGUUUCUGGUAUGACAGGUGUUUUAGAUACUGGUAAGACUCACAGCAAAAUAUCUCCAAGCAAUUCUAUGGCGAGUGUACCACAAUUUUCUGUAGGUGUGGCAAUUUCUCAACCAUCACCAUCAUCUUUUAGCACCACAUAUCCUCAUUGGUCAGAAGGUGUGAAUUCUUUCAAUAUAAAUUCCCAGAAACAGCCUGGUGUUGUGAACUCAUUUGAUUUGAUUGACAACCCUCCACUGAUAGGAAAAACUGUGAAACCAUCCAUGGAUGAGUUGGAUGACAUCGAUAUUCAUUCUGACGCAUACAGUGACUUUCGGGGCAGUCAGGAUAGUGGUAGGGUUGAAGCUAAUGGUAACUCAAAACUAUUGCCUGACAGUAGCAAAAAUGAGAAGGAAAUGAGUCGAAGUAGUUCAAAAUCGGAUGUUAGUGAAAGGAGUGAACUGUCUGGUUUUUCCAUUGAUGCACCUAAACCUUUAAAGCCUCUUAGAAGCCAUAUUUUAUCUGGAAAGAACCAGAUCAAUAACUUGGAUAAACCAGUCAACAGUCCGGUUUCUUGGAGUUCAACAGGAAAGGGGAGUUUAGAAGACAGUGACAUUCUUUCUGAUAGUGUUUUUAAAGAGAUUCAGAAGGUGGGAGAAGAGUAUGUUAAGAAAACCGAUGCAGAGUUAAUAGCAGAACUUGCAGCUUCUGUUGUUAAUCAGAUUUAUAAUGGUAAAAGUGUAUCCAAACAGGAUCGUUCAGAUAUGUUGGAAAGAGUUUCUGCUGAUAUUGCAAGAGACUUUGAGAAGAACGAUACUUUUCGUAAGCAAGGUCUGUGGACUAACACUCCUGCAAGCAGUGGCUAUACAGACAAGUUUGCCAUGGAUUUUAUGAAGAAGCAUUAUGAGACACCUGAAGUGAUAGCUCCCCCUACUUCUGUGUACCCCCAACACAGGCUAUCAGUCAAUUCAAAAGAAUUUACUCCUAAGCAAUUUUCUAAUUUUAAUUCUUUGUUUAAUGAGCCAUUGAGUACUGGUAGCAAUGGCAAUGGACACUUUUUAGGUACAAAUUUAAUGACAGAGUCUGCCGGUUAUACUUUGUUUUCUGGCCCAAGCUUGGGUAUUGGCAAGUUUUCGACUCCAAUUACUACAUCAGCAUCGUUUAUACCGCCACCAAUGUCAGCUUCAAAUUUCUAUAGUUCCGAGCUUCCCCCAAACCUUGGCAUUCCAGGCAGGAUGCCUUUGUCAUCCCCCUCUAUGUGGCCACCAUUUUCUCAGACACCAAACCCAAUAUCGAUGCCCCUGUCGACAAGUACAGAGAAUAGAAAAACCUACGUCCAUUCAGUGACAAUGACUGAUGAUAAUUGGGAUCAAGAAUUAUUAAAGCUUCAAGAAGAAAGAGACCAAGCUUUAGCGAGAAUCAGGGAUAUAGAAUCAUUGCACAGAAAACUGCAGGAAGACAAUAGGGCAAAGGACACGAAAAUAAUGGAUCUAGAGUCUCAGAUUCAGACUCAGCAGACGAACUAUGAGAGGGAGGUGACCUCCUGGCUGCAUCAGAAGACCGCGCUGAGGCAGGAGCUGCAGAAAACACAGGACACUCUGCAGGGACGGGAGAAACAGGAGGCAGAACUUCGUGAAAAAAUGGCCACACAAGAGAUUAGAGUGAAAAACAUUGAUAUGUUAGCAAAAGAUCAAAGGGAAAAGGACAUCAGUACAAUGAAGCAGAUCAAGGAGCGGUCGGAGUAUUUCCAGCAGAACUAUGAGAGCCAGCAGGAGAGGGCCCGGGCUGCUGAGAUAGAGAUCCUCACAAUCAGACGCAAGGACAGGCAGGGAGUCCUGGACCGCGCCAUUGAGCAGGCAACACUCAAUGUACAGAGAAUGGCUAUGUUUAAACAGAAGUAUAUGGAAGAACAGAAGACAGUACCCCCUCUACUGGAGCAGGGCAUGAACUUUUGGACUUUUUACAUCAACAAGGCAAAAGAAAGUGUUCAACAGAUACAGCGUGACUAUGGUGGCCAGAUGGAGGAGAUCAAGCAGGGUAAACAGCUGUCUGAGCUCCCUGAGGUCCCAGCUCCCAGCCUGCCUGAUGUACCUGAGGGGUUGCAGAAGUCCAUGCAGCUGUUACAGCAUGGGUUCAUGAUGUCUGGAAUGCAUGGCCUGGACCCAAUCAGGGGGGCACCUUAUGCCGCAGCACCUUCUUUGCCAGCCACCACAGGGAAUGCUGUUGUGGGUCCAGUGGUAACAUCAGCAUCCAACAACACCAUGGCUGUAGCCCCUAAUGGUGCCAUGCCUAAGCCCCUCAGGCCACCUGGUCUGACCCCUAGACCCCUGUCCAGUCUACAUAAGGGACUUCCAGGCCUACAACCACAACGAGCUCCUCUGAGACCCAUUGGAAAGGUCCAGCAGCCAAUGUCCAGCUUCGAGAAACUUGUCAGCAAACUGCAGACAGUUUUUCCAGGGAAAUCUAGGCCGGAGGUGAGUGUGUGGGUACAGGAGUUGAGGCAGAGUCGCGGGGGGUCCCUGUCAGGCCUCACCAUUGAGGACAUCACACGCCAGGUUGUCACCAUGAUACAGGCACGCGACCGCAAGCCUCUUCCUCCAAAUAUGCAGCCAUCUGCGCCACCACCUGGUAUCAGCAGAUCGUGGGCGUUCACCAGUUACAGCGGUGUAGCUUCACACGCCCCUGGACCCUCCGAUGCUGGGUCAGUCCCUGGGCCCUCUAGUGGAGCAGGCGGGGGCGAGGGGGGGCUGGAGAUGUACCAGGAGGAGACAGAGGACCCUUGUGUGAUCUGCCACGAGGAGAUGGACUCCCUGCCUGUGGUCACACUCAAGUGUGGACAUGUGUUCCAUGAUCAGUGCAUUAGAAAAUGGUUCCAAGAACAGAGUACCUGUCCCAACUGCCGUGUACAUGCACUGCUGGCUGAUGAAUUCCCUUCUCUUACAUAAGAAACACUUCUUUCGGGACCUCACAUGCACUGUGUGAGACUUGCUGAAAAUGUGCAUAAUGUGCUUUAUGAAUGUGCUGUGUCGUCCCAGAUAAGCAUGUGCAGUCAGCUUAAGAUAUCAGAGACAACACUUUCCGCUUUAUGCAGAAAGUAUUGUCUCUGAUUGUCUGUGUGGACUGCACAGGCUAAUCUGGAAGGACACUCGACACACAUGGACUUAACGUGUUUUUCCAAGAACAACGCUCAGUGACUUAACAAAGACCUAUACAUACAGUGAAUCUUCUUGCAUCGGAUGAACAAAAACUAAUUAUGUAUUCUUUGUGCUUCAUGUUUAUUUGUGUAUAAAUGUACAGUGUUAAAUCGUUUACAUUGUUUUUAACGCUCAGGAAAUUUUAACAUUCUGAUAAAUUAUGAACAAGACGUGUAUUGAUGUAAUUUUAAUGAAUCCACAUAUGCCUAUUCUUGCCUUUAAGAAAUAAGUUUGUAAAUGUGUAGAUUAGUCUUUGUUCUCAUUUUGCUGCUUUUUUGGUUGUACAGAUUAAUAAAUGUGAUGAAUUGAAUGUAUAUUAACUGAUGUUUGAACAGGGCUCUACUUUUCUGUUGGGUACUUCUCUAAUUGUCUGUCACCAUUGAAAGAUAAGUUGAAACUUUACUCACAAUACACCAAGUAAUAAUAAUUUCAUUAGAUGUUGUCUUUAAAACAUGUGUUAUUAUGCUACCCAGACAAUAGUACUUUGAUCCUGGUUCUUAUAUGUUUGAUUCUUUGGUCAUUGUUAUAUUGUCCAUUGACAUGCCAAAAUCCUGGUGGAGGGGAAUGUAUAGAAGGUUUUAAUUAUGUGUAUACGAGUUAAUAUUCCACAACUAAUUUUAUUUCACAGAGAUUUCAGAUGUAGAUAUGAACACAAUAUUUCAGUUGUUUUGUAUGGCAAAAUUGCUCAAUUUUUUGCCAAUCGAGCUUCAGCAUUAAUUGAGUCUUUUAAUGUUGCCCUGUUUUAGUUUGAUAUUGUUUUAUUCCCUUUUAUGUGGUUUCCUCCCUUUUGAAAAUAUUGUUAUACAAUAUAUGUGGUAAAAUGCCAAUAAUAAAUGUGUUUGUAUUGUA